AUGUUUACAUUAUUUAUUCUUCUUCUUCUUCCUUGUGUAUCUACAUUUGAAUAUUCACUAAUUAUUAAAGAAAAAUCUCCAAUAACUAAAAGUAUUUAUCAAUUUCCACAUUCAUAUGAAUUAUUAAAUAAUUUUCAAUCAAAUUUUAAUUUAACGAAUAAUAAUAAAGAAUUAAUAUUAACUAAACCUAUUGAUCGUGAUUAUUGGUGUUUACAAAAUAUUUGUUCAUGUGAACAUUGUUCAUUCAUACUUGAAUUAUUUUCAAAUGAUAAUAAAACUUCGCCAAUAUUUUCUACAAUUAAUAUUACAAUAAUUGAUAUCAAUGAUCAUUCUUGUCAAUUUUUGGAUAUACAAACGAAUAUAUCUUUAUCUGAAUCAAUUCAAAUUGGUCAUCGAUUUCCUAUAGCACGUGCAAUUGAUUAUGAUUCAGGUAUGAAUGGUGAAUUAUCAUUUAAAUUACUUAAUAAUAUCAAUUAUUUUGAAUUAAAUACAAUAAAAUUAUCACUUAAUGAAUAUGCUAUUUAUGGUAUUAUAAAACAUUCAUUUGAUAGAGAAUUAAAUGAAAAAUAUGAUUUAAUUAUUGAAGCAUAUGAUCAUGGAAUAUCUCAAGUACAAGUUAAUCGAACAAAUGUAACAGUUUGGAUUUUAGAUGAAAACGAUAAUGCACCGAAAUUUAAUCAAACAGAAUAUUCUAUUCAAUCUCUUCCGGAAGAUACACCUAUUGGUACGAAAUUAUUAACAAUACAAGCUACUGAUAUUGAUAAAGGUUUAAAUAGUCUUAUACAUUAUUCAAUUAUAACUCCACCAGAUAUUAUAUUAUUUCCAUUUGUAAUAAAUUCUACUAGUGGAGUUGUUAGUCUUCAUUCACCAUUAGAUUAUGAAAAAGUACGUUCAUAUCGUUUUUUAAUUCGUGCAUCCGAUUCUGGUUUACCACAAUCAUUAUAUACGGAUACUUGGUUAUCAAUUUCAAUUGCAGAUGUAAAUGAUUGUCCAGUUGAAAUAGUCUUUGUACCAAAUCGACGUUUUCAAUAUGAUAAUCAAACAUUAUUUAUUUAUGAAAAUACUGAAAUUAAUAAUUUAACAUUAGGUUAUAUUCGUUUAUUUGAUCAAGAUUCAAUUCAAACGAAACUUUCAAUAACAUUAAUGAUAUUAGAUAAAAAUCCGAAACAAAAUUAUGAACUUAUUCUAUCAAAUCAAAUAAAUACAUAUGUAUUAAUUGUUAAACAAGGAAUAUUUGAUAGAGAAAUUCAACAAGAUAUUAAUCUUCGUUUUAUAGCUAGUGACAGUUUAUUAACAACAAUUAAAGAUUUUAAAAUUCAUUUAAUUGAUUUAAAUGAUAAUCCAAGUGAAUUUCCAUCGAAUCCCAUGAAAUUUUUUGUUGAAGAGUUAGGAAAUUAUCAUAUGAAAAAAAAUCCUAUUGAAAAUUUUCAAUUCGGAGUUGGUUAUUUAAAUGCAACCGAUCGAGAUGAAGGUGAAAAUACAUUGAAUAAAUAUGAAUUAGAACCAAAUUCAUUUAUUAAAAUUAAUUCAAAUACAGGACAAUUAAGUUUAAUACAACCAUUAGAUCGAGAAGAAAUAUCAAAAAUUAUAUUAAAAGCAAAAGCAAUUAAUAUUGCCGAACCGAAAUGGGAAACAGAAGUUCAAAUUGAAAUUGAAGUUUUGGAUGUCAAUGAUAAUAUUCCUCAAUGUUUAACAUCGUUUAAUCAAAUAUCAGUACCAGAAAAUUUUUCUACUGAUCACUCAUUAAUUAAAAUAAAUGCAACUGAUUUAGAUUAUAAAACAAAUGGAACAAUAAAUUAUUCUUUACGAGUAAAUAAUUCUUGGCCAUUUGAAAUAAAUGCUCAAACAGGUGAAAUUUAUUCUCAACAAAUUUUUGAUUAUGAAUCAGAAUUUCGAAAUUAUUUAAUAAUUAUUGACCUUGAAGAUGAAGGUUAUCCAAUAAGAAAUCAAAAUAAAAAUGCAUGUCAGUUAAUAAUCAAUAUUGAAGAUAUUAAUGAUAAUUCACCGCAAUUACUUGAUGAUAAACAAACAAGCAUCUUUCUUGAUUUACAAAAACCAUUUAUAAAUGAAAUUAUUGUAUUCAACGUUACAGAUAUUGAUUCAGGUGAUAAUGGAAAAAUAAAAUAUACUUUACAAACAAAUGAAUAUAAUUCAUUAUUUUAUCUUUAUCAAAAUGGUAGUUUACAUAUGACACAUGAAAUAAAUCAAGUAUCUUUAUUUCAUUUAAAAAUUUUACUCGAAGAUUAUGGUAUACCAUCACAACAAACAAUAAUUCAUGUAACAAUAGCAAUUGGUGAUACAUCAAUACCAGCAUUUUCAACAUUUGAAAAAAUUCAAAUGAAAUAUUUACAACCAAAAUCUCUUGGUCUUAUUUUGGGUUUAACAGUUUUGAUAAUAACAUUUUUAUUAUUCUUAUGUUUAAUUAUAACUUGGAUAUUACUUCAUAAACAUCGUCGACGUCAUCAAGCAGCAAUUGCAGCAAGAAGUAAACUUUUGUGUUCAUCAUCACAACAAUUAACAUCAUCAGGUUCAACAAAUACAACAUCAUCAUCAUCAAUUGAAAAUCAACAAAUAGCAAACAUUGUUCAAAUUAAACCAAUUUAUUAUGAUCGACGUACAUCAAAUUCUUUUACAGUUAAUACAUCAUCACCAGAAUCUCAAACAUAUAAAAUUCUUCAUAUACCUCAUGAUAAUGAAUAUUAUAUGAAUUAUUAUCAACAUGAAAAAGUUGAUAAUCAUAGUUCAGAUCACGGUUACCAUGGAAGUUAUGAAACAAGUGCAUCAUCAUCAUCAACAGCAUCUUCAGCACAAAUAUCAGUUCGUCAUUCAUAUUUGGUUAAUCAAUUACCAGAUUUUGUUACGAGGUGUAAAAGUGUGAAUGGAGGAUUUCUUGUCGAAAUGAAUGUUGAUGGAAGUGAUGAAGAUCAAAGAUAA